AGUUAGGAAAUCAGAUCAAAACUGAAACUCUAGAAUCAGUCCUUAAGUUUUAGUUUUAUUUUCCCUGAAAACAUUCCUCCUUAAACGAAUUUUUUUUCUUUUUUUUUGGUUUUUGAGACGGAGUUUCGCUCUUGUUGCCCAGGCUGGAGUGCAAUGGCGCGAUCUUGGCUCACGGCAACCUCUGCCUCCCAGGUUCAAGUGAUUCUCCUGCCUCGGCCUCCCGAAUAGCUGGGAUUACAGGCAUGCGCCACCACGCCCGGCUAAUUUUGUAUUUUUAAUAGAGACGGGGUUUCUCCAUGUUGGUCAGGCUGCUCUCGAACUCCUGACCUCAGGUGAUCCGCCCGCCUAGGCCUCCCAAAGUGCUGGGAUUACAGGCGUGAGCCACUGCGCCCAGCCACUAAAUUUCAUAAAUGGUAAGAUAUCCAACCUUACCAAAUGUAUCUAUAGUUUAUAUUUUUGACAGGCUGCAUAAUAAAUCCAUAGGGCUCUAUCUGAAUUUCAACAAGGAUUAUUCAGUAAGAAGAAAAUGAGUGUUGUAUCUCAGCUGCGCCCAUCAGCUCUAUUCCCCGAAUGACCGUGAGCUUGAAGGAAAGCCAUUUGACGCACACGGUGCCGAUGGGUGUCUUCUGCUUGGCGACAUCGUGGGCUUUAUCCUACUUCCUCAAGGAGGCAUAAGAGAUGAUUUUUUCCCCACAACAAUGAGCUUUCUUACAGACAUCUUAAACGGAAAUGAAAUGUGCUACUCAUUCCCAGCGCUGCAGAACCAGAGACUCAGAGCCUUGGGGCACUGAGGGCUGCCAGUUCUGCCUGUUCAUCUGGAACCUGGAUCUAAGGAGGGAAGAGGCGUUGCCCCUGCUGGCAUAGUCAGGUACCAGCCCAGCCAGGUGUUGAACGGGCUGAGCUUUUCAUGACGGUUCCUGCUGACCUGGAAACAUCUUAAGUGGAAGAUGGAUGUCAGCAGCUGCUGCAGAACCCGGUGAAAACACCCCCCGGGUAGCACGAGGCUCUGCGAGCCCUAACUCCGACAAACGCAGAACUUCUUGAGGCUUUCUUCUUCUAAGGAGUAUGACACAGUUAAAAAGGAAAAAAGAACCACAAGCAAAACAGUUGCCAGUGAAAUAGGAGAGGGAGCUCUUUAAACAAGGCUGGCUGCAGCUGGCCUCCGCCGCUCAUCUGCAGGGCGUGAGCGCUUGGUCCAUGCAGUGAAGCUCUUCCAACCUGGGUCAACGAAAACGGAGAAGAAAUGGCCCAAGAAGUAGAUCUGAGUGCUCUCAAGGAGUUAGAACGCGAGGCCAUUCUGCAGGUCCUGUACCGAGACCAGGCGGUUCAAAACACAGAGGAGGAGAGGAUACGGAAACUGAAAACACACCUGCAGCAUCUCCGGUGGAAAGGAGCGAAGAACACGGACCGGGAGUACAAAGAGAAGUGCUGUGCGCGCUGCCAGCAGGUGCUGGGGUUCCUGCUGCACCGGGGCGCCGUGUGCCGGGGCUGCAGCCACCGCGUGUGCGCCCAGUGCCGAGUGUUCCUGAGGGGGACCCAUGCCUGGAAGUGCACGGUGUGCUUUGAGGACAGGAAUGUCAAAAUAAAAACUGGAGAAUGGUUCUAUGAGGAACGAGCCAAGAAAUUUCCAACUGGAGGCAAACAUGAGACAGUUGGAGGGCAGCUCUUGCAAUCUUAUCAGAAGCUGAGCAAAAUUUCUGUGGUUCCUCCUACUCCACCUCCUGUCAGCGAGAGCCAGUGCAGCCGCAGUCCUGGCAGGUUACAGGAAUUUGGUCAGUUUAGAGGAUUUAAUAAGUCCGUGGAAAAUUUGUUUCUGUCUCUUGCUACCCACGUGAAAAAGCUCUCCAAAUCCCAGAAUGAUAUGACUUCUGAGAAGCAUCUUCUUGCCACGGGCCCCAGGCAGUGUGCGGGGCAGACAGAGAGACGGAGCCAGUCUGACACUGCGGUCAACGUCACCACCAGGAAGGUCAGUGCACCAGAUAUUCUGAAACCUCUCAAUCAAGAGGAUCCCAAAUGCUCUACUAACCCUAUUUUGAAGCAACAGAAUCUCCCAUCCAGUCCGGCACCUAGUACCAUAUUCUCUGGAGGUUUUAGACAUGGAAGUUUAAUUAGCAUUGAUAGCACCUGUACAGAGAUGGGCAAUUUUGACAAUGCUAAUGUCACUGGAGAAAUAGAAUUUGCCAUUCGUUAUUGCUUCAAAACCCAUUCUUUAGAAAUACGCAUCAAGGCCUGUAAGAACCUUGCCUAUGGAGAAGAAAAGAAGAAAAAGUGCAAUCCGUAUGUGAAGACCUACCUGUUGCCCGACAGAUCCUCCCAGGGAAAGCGCAAGACUGGAGUCCAAAGGAACACGGUGGACCCGACCUUUCAGGAGACCUUGAAGUAUCAGGUGGCCCCUGCCCAGCUGGUGACCCGGCAGCUGCAGGUCUCGGUGUGGCAUCUGGGCACUCUGGCCCGGAGAGUGUUUCUUGGAGAAGUGAUCAUUCCUCUGGCCACGUGGGACUUUGAAGACAGCACAACACAGUCCUUCCGCUGGCAUCCACUCCGGGCCAAGGCGGAGAAAUACGAAGACAGCGUUCCUCAGAGUAAUGGAGAGCUCACAGUCCGGGCUAAGCUGGUUCUCCCUUCACGGCCCAGAAAACUCCAAGAGGCUCAAGAAGGGACAGAUCAGCCAUCACUUCAUGGUCAACUUUGUUUGGUAGUGCUAGGAGCCAAGAAUUUACCUGUGCGGCCAGAUGGCACCUUGAACUCAUUUGUUAAGGGCUGUCUCACUCUGCCAGACCAACAAAAACUGAGACUGAAGUCGCCAGUCCUGAGGAAGCAGGCUUGCCCCCAGUGGAAACACUCAUUUGUCUUCAGUGGCGUAACCCCAGCUCAGCUGAGGCAGUCGAGCUUGGAGUUAACCGUCUGGGACCAGGCCCUCUUUGGAAUGAACGACCGCUUGCUUGGAGGAACCAGACUUGGUUCAAAGGGAGACACAGCUGUUGGCAGGGAUGCAUGCUCACAAUCGAAGCUCCAGUGGCAGAAAGUCCUUUCCAGCCCCAAUCUAUGGACAGACAUGACCCUUGUCCUGCACUGACAUGAAGGCCUCAAGGUUCCAGGUUGCAGCAGGCGUGAGGCACUGUGCGUCUGCAGAGGGGCUACGAACCAGGUGCAGGGUCCCAGCUGGAGACCGCUUUGACCUUGAGCAGUCUCCGUCUGUGGCCCUGUCCCAUGGCUUAACCGCCUAUUGGUAUGUGUGUAUAUUUACGUUAAACACAAUUAUGUUACCUAAGCCUCUGGUGGGUUAUCUCCUCUUUGAGAUGUAGAAAAUGGCCAGAUUUUAAUAAACGUUGUUAUCCAUGUC